AUGUUCGCCCGCAUUGCCAUCCGCGCCCCUGCCUUCGCAGCCAAGCGCGUCACUCCCACCGCCAUGCGCUUCAACUCCUCCAGCUCCUCCAGCAGCGCCGCGCGCAUGAUGGAAAUGGCCGCCCAAGCCGAGCGACCCAACGCCACCGAAGCCGCCGUCCCCGUCAUGUGGGCCCUCUGCGGCGCCCUCACCUUCGCCGCCUGGAACCGCGUUAGCGAGCGCAAUCCCACCCACGAGGUUGAGAAGCUGCUUAUUGUUUAA